AUGAGGGGAUCCAGCACACAGAAGAACAUGCUCGUAGGGUACAGCGAGGAGGAGGAGGAAGAGGAGGAGGAGAUAAGCAACAGCGGGGAUGAGCAGCGCCAGCAAUUUGGCCCUGCACCCGCGCCGCAGCAGCAGCGCUCUCGAUGGAGCGACAGCAGCGGCAGCGAUGAAGCCAGCGACGAUGACGUGGUGGCGCUUGCAGGACCAGCUGCCCGAGGGAGAGGGAUGGGCGCAGCAGGAGAAGCGGACCCGUCCCCCCCGAUGCCAGCAUCGAUGCAACGGGAUCUGAUUGCCUGGCUCAAAUCUCCGGAGUCCUCCAACAGGGCGCGUGACAGAGCUAGCGCGAAAAGGGCACGUGAUCGAGAGGCAACCGUUGCUGAUAACGCCAAGAGCUCAACGGCCCCAGCCAAGAACGCCACGAUCACUAGAGAAAGGAGGUUUGUGUCCAACGAGAGCCGCAGACAGGCGGACCACGCCAAGAAGAAGCCUAAACUUGAAGCGACACCUUAAAAGCACAAGACCCAACAUAGAGUCUCACCCUUGGAUCGAGUAAAGGAGUUCCCGGGCCAAGGGUUGGUUCGCUUGGACAACGGCAAACUGGGGUGCUCUGUCUGCAACUACAAGGAGUUACAACUCAAGUGGAGCAACGUCAGGGACGGACUGUCCCGGUCCCUGACGUUGCUCCACUUGAGUUGUAACUCCUUGUAGUUGCAGAUAGAGCAUCCCAGUUUGCCGUUGUCCAAGCGAACCAACCCUUGGCCCGGGAACUCCUUUACUCGAUCCAAGGGUGAGACUCUAUGUUGGGUCUUGUGCUUUUAAGGUGUCGCUUCAAGUUUAGGCUUCUUCUUGGCGUGGUCCGCCUGUCUGCGGCUCUCGUUGGACACAAACCUCCUUUCUCUAGUGAUCGUGGCGUUCUUGGCUGGGGCCGUUGAGCUCUUGGCGUUAUCAGCAACGGUUGCCUCUCGAUCACGUGCCCUUUUCGCGCUAGCUCUGUCACGCGCCCUGUUGGAGGACUCCGGAGAUUUGAGCCAGGCAAUCAGAUCCCGUUGCGUGGCCCAUCUUGCUCUACGCAGUGUCUGGCGGGAUAGUCCCUCCGCAUGCUCCUCCCCUGGACCUCAGGAUCGCGACUAAAACAACAAAACAACGAGGCGAAAGGUGUUGCCACGGAUCUCCCCAGACCGAUUGCCCGCAAAAAUAGUGGACGAAGGGAUGUGCAUGCUGAUCAAACCCCAUAAACGGUCUCAAAUGAGAUAGGAAAGAGAGAAUGAUGCGUUUUUUGCUUCCGGGGUAUAUUCCCCAACUAUCCCCCCGUCGACCCUUGCCGCCAGCAACGUCCUUAGCACGCUGUUCAGCCUUCGCCACCACAUUCAGCGCUUCGAUCACUGCUGUUCAUCCUCUUCUCUACCGCGGGGUGGUGUUUUGGGGGGUGAUCGGUGGUGUCUCGGCGUGCACGGCUGCUGCACUGAUCUGAGCUGAAUAUCGUUGGAGUCUGACCUGCCUGGGUCUGAGUGCACACCCCGUGGCGAGAACCACAACUCGCGCGCUACCGAGGGGUGCACACGCGAGUAUCGACUCUUGUCUUUGCGGAGGGUCAAGGUUUGCCAGAGAUUAUCCUAGUUCCGCAGAGAAACUGAAGUUGAAAAUCGGCUGUUGGGCACCCGUUUUCCCGCCUUUUCGGUUAUGCCGCUUGCUUCACGCGGACGAACCGAGCAUGGUAUGGUCAGUGCUUGCGGUGGCCCGCCUGUUUGCUUCGCCUGUUGUAGGCCAGGUUGCAGCGACGGACCUCGAAGUUCAUGGAAACACGUAGGUACUGGGCCUUUCUGGUCCACAAUCGCACAGUGGAGUGCAGAAGUUGGCGAGGCAUGGGUGCACAGCAGAGAUUUGCGGAGGAACCCGCUUGAAAUUGGCGAGUGUCUGUGCACUCGUGUGGACUGUGUGUACAACAUGUACUCGAAGUUUCGCUUGCAGUCGGCGAAGAACGAGAAGGGCUCGUGGGAUAUGAUGGCCAGGGGCCAGUCAUCUCGUAUGGGUCGCUACCCGUCGACACGAGCACAGGUGAGAAAUUCUGCAGAGAAGCUUGCCGUCGUGUAGGCCUCCUGGCGUUGUGUGUUGAACUUCACCUCCGACCGCUCGCCGUUCUUGACCACUGCUGUGUAGUAAGCAAACGCUAUCGUUAAGAUCAACCCGUGUUGCAAGUACGGACGUAUUGUUAAACGCUAUUAUGUGCAUACGUGCUUCAGACUUGUUCGACAAAGCUUCAGACGAGAUGUUGCUGUAGGUGCCAACUGCAAGAGCUUGCCCCAUGAUGCGCUCACUCGGGAACACAAGCAUUUCUUGGUACCCUCUGUCAAUUCUAAUCGGUACGACGUGCUCUCAUAGCCCUCCUUGACUACGGAUGUGUAGCUUUUAAUUUCCCUCUGGGCUUUGCGUAGGAUAAGGCAUAUUUUGUGGCAUGUUUAUUUCGAAAGGGAAGGUUAUGCUUAUACAAGUACACGAACGGCGUUCAGGAUCACUAGAGGCCUCCCCCGUCCUCCCUCUAUGUCGCGCAGGUGGAAGCUCUUCUCUCGCAUGUCAGCUUGGUGGGGGGGGUGUUGGAUGCGUGCGGUGCGGCUAGCGAUACCCUCUGCAUGGUCCUGAAAGAGGCAGGUCUUGUUGUAUCUUCCAACGACCUGAACGGCCGAUUGCCGGCGGAUACCCACUUGGACGCGGCUUCGGAGGAGUUCAAGGCGGUCUUUAGCGAUGAGGGGCGGAGGCCUGACUGGAUUGUCACGAGCCCCCCGUAUGGGAACGCAUUUUGCAUCGUGACACAGGCGUUGCUGGUUGCACGUGUGGGUGUGGCGUUCAAGCUUAGACUCUCUCUCUUGGAGCCCACGAAAACGCGUGGAAAAUGGCUGAAAGAGAACCCCCCUACCUCAAUAGUGGUACUUCCGCGCGCGACGUACCGUGGGCGCCAGUGUUCUCACACAGAGGCGUGGUUUGUUUGGCAUCGUGAGGUAGGCGGCGACCAACCCCCGAGGCAGGCAUUUUUUUUUUCUGGGAACUACUGAACCCGGAAGAGGGGACCUGUUCGUGAUUGUCGUGCUUGCGUGGGUGUAUGCUUAAUAGCUGUAGAAGUUUUGUCGGCAGUAUACCCCCCCCCCCCCCCCCCCCCCCCCCCCCCCCCCCCCCCCCCCCCCCCCCCCCCCCCCCCCCCNCCCCCCCCCCCUGCUCCCCCCCGCCAAGAGCAAGUAGCACGUUCUUUUUUAUGUCGGUCAGCGCCGUGUGUGCGUGUAUGCCCGGGUGAGGGCCCAGCCACGCACGAAAGGCGCGAGGUGCCGGAGCAGUAAAAAAAGGUGGUCAUUAGUUUUUUUGUCUUGCGCCCCUAUGCCAAUGAAAACGCUACGGGUUCAUUGAGACGUCAAAGCUGAGGCACUGGACGAGUCUACGUGGGGAGAUCCUUCGGCAUGUGUGUGCGCCGUAGU